AUGCAGCUACAAUACUCCAUCAUCGCCGCGGCUUCACUGCUCGCCCUUGCCACCGCCCUUCCACAACUUGCCGAGGAGACAACAAAAUGUCCCAAAGCCCCGUGCCAGGACUACAUCGACAUCCUCGAGUAUUGCAGCGACAAAAAGUACGAAGUAUACGACCUCGAAUGGGAAUACAAAACCGAGGAUGCCAUCGACUGUGUGUGCAGCAAGGAAGCAUUAGGUAAGGCGGCGGAUUGGAGUGGGUGGAAUGCUACAAGCGUGUGCUACAACUGUGGCGACUAUGAGGAAGAAACAGAGGAUUAUGACUUGAUGUACAACUGGCUCAACACCUGCAAGACCUGGGCAUGGAUCGACGAGGAGGCGGCGAGGGAGUGCUGGAACAGCAAGCUUAAAAAAGGUUGCUGGGAGCCCCAGGAGGAAGAAGAAGAUCCUUACAAGAUGAAGUCCAAGAAGAACAAGAAGGUCAGGAUGGCAUAA